UUCACCGAAGGGUGUUUGUGGGAAUUCUUUGAAAGCCUCAGGUAAGGAUAAUGAAAAGUAUAAUUGCCUCCGAUUGCUUCUGAACCUGUUAAAGCCAGCGGACGAUUAAGGGAUGGGGAAGAGUAUCCAGCUCCAAAGAGCUUUAGGCUACUUCCACGGAGUUAGUUUUUUAAUAGGAAGUAUGAUAGGCGCGGGGAUCUUCGUGACCCCAAAAGGGGUAUUGAAAUACUCCUCUCUCAAUGUGGGAGUCACGCUGCUCAUUUGGGGGCUUUCUGCUCUGGCAUCUAUGAUGGCUGCCCUCUGUUAUGCAGAGCUGGGGACCACUUUCUCUUGUAGCGGAGCCCAGUACGUUUUCCUCAAAAGGUCUCUGGGCUCCCCUUUCGCUUUCAUCUACACCUGGGACAGACAGUUUACUUCAUCGGCAACCACAGCCGCUCGCACCUUACUGUUGGCAGAGUACAUGACCCAGCCCUUCUACCGGGGGUGCUCGGUGCCAGAGCUAUCCAAGAAAUGCUUGGCCUUGGCCAUCCUCUGGUCUCUGGGGAUCCUGAAUGCACGCAGUGUGAAGAGGGUGAGCGGUGUGCAGGUGGCCAUCACGGGGUUGAAGCUGGCGGUCCUUGGCCUGAUUGCCCUGAGCGGCCUCGUCCUCUUAGGCAGAGGAAGAAAGGAGAACACGGCAAGGUUCGAGAACGCUUUCGGCACGGAGCUGCCUGGCGCCGUGCAGUGGACGGAAGCCUUUUUCCAAGGAUUAUUUGCGUAUUCAGGCUGGGGGAUCCUCGUUCAUAUGGCAGGAGAGCUGAGAAACCCUGGUGUGAAUAUUCCCCGGUGUGUGCUGACUGCUUUCCCCAUAGUGACUGUGAUUUACCUCCUUGUUAACAUCUCCUAUCUGACGGUCCUGACUCCUAAGGAAAUUGUCUCUUCAGCUGCCGUUGCAGUCACUUGGGCUGAUAGAGUGAUCCCUGCCGUCGCUUGGGUCAUCCCCGUUGGUGUUUCUGCAUCGAUCUUCGGCUCCCUUCUCUGCAGCUUAUUUUCAGCAUCCAGACUGAACUACGCGGCGAGUCAAGAGGGACAUUUACCCUUACUAUUCUCCAUGCUUAACGUCCACUCCAGUCCUGCUCCAGCAGUGGUGCAGGUCAUCACGCUGGCAUCCAUUUUGAUUAUCCCCUCAGAUCUAAUCUCUUUGAUAAACUACCUGGGCUUCACAAACUGGAUCCAGAUUGGACUAAUGAUGACGGGACUGAUUAUACUGAGAUACCGGGAGCCCCACCUACCCAGACCUUAUAAGGUGUUUCUGCCCUUUGCAUUUGGAACAGUGGCUAUUUCUUUAUUCUUGAUUUUGACACCAAUGGUCCUGGCACCUAAGAUGCAUUAUGUCUAUGUGUUCCUAUUUAUUCUGGGGGGACUGCUCCUGUACCUACCUUUUGUACAUUUUAAAAUUCGUUUUGCUUGGUUUGACAAAAUCACUUGCCAUUUGCAGUUGUUAAUGAAUGUUUCACCCCCUCAUGGGACUGAUGGCUCUAAAACCAGAGAAGCAACAUCUCUGUGAAGAUGCACUGAAGUACUUCUGAACAAAGACUAUCACUGUUCAGUGAAUACUAAUGGUGAACAUCAAGGAUCACAUCUACCAACUUUAUCAUAUUUUACUCUCCCAAGUGCUUAGCGCAGUGAUCGAUUGAUUGAUUGGUUGAUUAAAGCAAUUUUCUUUUAGGUUUCAAA